AUGCAUGAGCUUUUGUUGUUCGCCUCGGUCCCGGUUCAUCAGCAUCAUGAGCUUCUACAGCAGCUUACCGGGCUGACGGCUAUGCAGCCUCGCCACGCUCUCGAGCGUCGGCUGAUUUUCAAGGCCUAUCGGAAACCAGGUCUCGCCACGGUUCGCACUGGGGGCAGCCAAGACCUGCAGUCGGGGGACCUGCAACGCGUCAACAAGAUGCUCAAUGGUGGCAUGUUCUACACCCAGGUCGUCGGCCCCGUGUCGGACUCGGCUUUCGGGGCUACCUCGGUCCCUGAUUUCGACACCCAGAUGGCUGGCAUGGAUGAGUCCAAGUCCGAGCCCCAUGUGCCAUAUGACUUUGAGCAACAACCCUGGAAACUGGAGUUUCGUGAUAUUCCCGAGGCAGGGACCCGAUCCGCUGUCACGGCCCGUGUCAUGGCUAGUGCCUCGCUGCCGCGGGGCGAUAUCGUCCCCGCCAUGAAUGCGUGGGGCUACAGCUUUGUGACCGAGUAUGUGGUCGAGGGCGAUGUCUUUAUCCAUAACGAUAUCACUAUUUUCUUACAUCGGGUGCUGCAUUAUCCCGUUUCCGAGCAUGAGGGCCGUGUGCCUCGGCAGCAACUUCCGGCAUUCUCUGACAUGGCGCCACUGGAGAAGACUGGGAGCUAUGUGUUGCAGGCCUCUAUCAACGUCCUGGAUGGCAGCAACCAGGAGACCAUGAAGACAGCCUCCCAGCAUUUGUUCGGGCUGCGGGAACAGCUCAAAUCUGCAGUGAAGCUGGAGCAGGCGGAUCGUCUGUCUCUGGAUACUAGGGCGAAGUAA